UGUACGGUUGUCACGGUAUGUCCCUCGAAUGAUUAGUGUAUAAUACAAAUGAUAUAUAAAUCAAUCACUCCCUUUCUCUGUCUGUUUCCAUCUCUUCGGUUAUUGUCACUUCUCCGGGCUGUUACGGGCACCAAGUUAGUAUAAUAUUCCCGCCCGCUUUCAAUUCACUAUAACUGCAUUGGCAUUCUGAGUCACAUGGGAAAGAGUUGAACGUUUCCUUACAUAUCGCAGAAAUGCACGAGCAUCAGGGUCAUCAAAUGUGCGCUUUCGAAAUAAUUGAAGCACUAGCCAGUUGCGCAGCCAUUGUGACUGAAGCGCUUGCUAUCCUCACCCCAAUAAUGGACCAAACUUAGACCCUGUCCUCUUGCCAUUUUGAUUCAAAAUCUAGGAUUUUUGGGGGAACAGGAUAUGACUUCAUUAGUGGCCUAUGAUGAUUCUGACCAGGAAGACGAAGAGGAAGGCAGGGGACUCUCUCCACUUGCCACUUCUCCCAAGGAUAAUAUGUGGCGGUCCCAUAGAGACCUGGUGUCACUGGGUACUAAGUUCCAUCAACCAUUACCCAGUCGCCACGACAAGGAAUAUGAAAUAGGGCAACAUGCUGGUGCUGGUGAUGUUGGUAGGACACUUUCAGAACCUCCCAGGGAGAUGAAUCCCACUCCGUCGGAUAUUGUGGAGAGCAGCUCAGCAUCAAGACCGCACCUUCCUCGGCAUCUCAGCGACUGCAUGAAAGAGCCACCGGCGUCGCCACUGAAGAGGCACGUGGCCCCGCCUCCUGGCAUCCGGCCGUACAUACCCAAGAGACAGAGGACGGUGCCCGCCGCGGAGGGGGUAGAGCCAACGCCUUCGGGGGCCGACGUCACCCCCGACCCGUCCACCGUCUCACGGCUGCUGAGCGAGGUCUCUGAGCGGGUGCGUCCGUACCUGGGCCCCAGGCCUGGGCCUCGCGGGGCGGAGCUGCCCAGGCGUGUGCGGCUCCGCCUCCAGGGUCACCAGGGUCCAGUCAACACGGUGCAGUGGUGUCCUGUGCCCCAGUUCAGCCAUCUUCUGUUGUCGGCCUCCAUGGACAAGACCGUCAUGAUUUGGGAUGGUGUGGAGAGUGGGCGGUGCCUUAAAGUGUGCUCCUCCCAUUCGGGGGCAGUGCGAGAUGCCUGUUGGUUGCCCUGUGGCCGACGCCUCCUGACUGGAUCCUUUGACAACACGGCCAUGUUGACCGACGUGGAAACGGGGCAGCCGAUCGCGAAGGUGGGGAACCAGUUUAAGGUGAUGUGCUUGGCCAUUCAGCCCGACAACCCGGAAGUGUUCCUGUGUGGGGGUUACAGUGCAGAGGUUAAGGCCUGGGACAGCCGUACUUGCAAGGUGGAGAGGGUGUUCCGAGCAGGGAUCCAGCAAACUCUGGCCAUCCUGUUUCUCACCGGGGGCAAGGAGUUUGUGACCAGCAGUGAUUCGGUCAGCCGGGACUCAGCUGAGCGCACGCUUAUCGCCUGGGACUUCCAGACCACGGCCAAGGUCUCCAGUCAGAUCUAUCAUGAACGCUACACGUGCCCCAGCCUAGCCCUUCACCCCCAGGAGGACUCUUUCGUGGCACAGACUAAUGGCAACUACAUGGCCCUGUUCUCUAGCCUGCGGCCUUACCGGAUGAACAAGAGGCGGCGGUAUGAAGGACACAAGGUUGAGGGCUACGCCGUCCGGUGUGACUUCUCUCCGGACGGGUCGGUGGUGGCCACGGGCAGCUCCACGGGCAGUGUCCACUUCUACGACCAGCGGAGCGCCCGAACCCUGCAGACGCUACACGCCCACCAGCAGGCCUGUGUGGGUGUGUCCCUACAUCCGGUUCUGCCCGCGGUGGCGGCGACAAGCGACUGGGGCGGCGAGAUCAAGACCUGGCAGUGACUGGUGCAGUGGGAGGGCAAAGAAAAUGGAUUCCUUUUUAUAAAUACGUAUUUAUUUGUUCGGCCGUUUUAGGCUUUCUUGCACAGGCAAGAGGCGAUUAGAUGGGAUGGAUUUGAACACUUGUUGCAGGAGUACAUGGGUUCUAGAGGCGGCGGCCUAGACCCCCGGACCGCCCUCAACUGAGAUCUUUGUACAACACAGUAUCAUCGCACAGAGCAGCUCCUCGGGCAGUGUCCACUUCUAGGAAAUCCGAACGUCUUUUCUAGCUGCACGCUAAAAUGUGCCUCCGUUUUAAGUGUGUUGGUUGGCUCAUGUCAUAUCUUCAACUGAAUCGAUAGGCAAACAUUUCAAAUGUUCCGGGUUUCUUUGGUACGGUUUACUGAUUGAGGAAUGAGUGUAAAGGAGGCUCAUUCAUCACGUUGUUGAGGAAGGGCUUCAUGAACCUCAACUUGAUGCAUUUGUUUGGGAGUCAUUGGCAGAUAAGAAUAUUGAAACCUUCUCUGUUCUGUUUACAGCAGAUUUAAGGAUCGAUACUGACCAUUAAGGAAUACUCAACAAAAGCCAUUCUGGUGUGUCUUUUGCGUUAACAUUUGUGCAAUUGCCCCACAGAAAAAUUUAUUGUAUCACAAGGUUAUGUUUUUGUCAGACUGUAGCAGGCUUUUCUGUAAUUACUUAUAUGGGCUUUCCUCCAUUCAUAUUUAUUUUGAACCUGACAAACUUCUCAACUCCUACCAAUGACAAGCGUACCUGUAACACGACACAGCCCUCAAAAUACAAUCAGAUAAUUAACACACUUUCCAGAUGCAUUUAUUGCCUUGUAUAACAACGCAGUACAUAUAUACUUAUAUAUACACACACACACAUAUACAUAUAUAUACACACAAACCGCUUCGGAA